GCGGCGUACCCCCUUAUGUAAACGUCGUUGCUGGGGGGGUCUCCACGCUGGCAUGCUUGACAGGAGCUAUUCCUGGUAGCAUUUUAUUACCCUUCUCUCACAGAAACAAGCUCAGUCCUUCCUACGCACCGAGCUCCUUUUAUUUACUUCCCCAUUUCUCUCAGGCUUUCGGAUUGUUUUUUCCCCUCCUUCUCUCCCCUAAGGGUUGUUCGUCGUAUCUGGGUCAGCAUGGCCGAGCGCACCAUACCCCACGCCUACCCGAUGAGCACCGAGUACGAGAUGGCUUCCCCCAGUCGCAUCUACGACCAGAAUUUUGGGGAGGCUUUAAGUCCUCAGGACCUCCUCACGCCCACACUCUACCACGGAUACUACAUCCGUCCCCGGAUCAACAAGCAGCUGGAGCGGGGCUUCUCGCAGGUGGAGUGCGAGGAGGACUGGUUCCGGGUCCUACUGGACGUGUGCCAGUUCACGCCGGACGAGCUGAGUGUGCGCACCGUGGACAAUCUGCUGGAGGUGACGGGGCACCACGGCCAGAGGCUGGACCAGCACGGCUUCGUCAGCCGAGAGUUCACACGCACUUACAUUGUGCCGCUGGGCGUGGACCCCCUGUUAAUGAAAGCCACGCUUUCUCAUGAUGGUAUCCUCUGCUUGGAAGCACCGCGUAGGAGCGAUGACCUCCAGCCGGUCAUCAACGACGUAAAGAUCAACGUGGCUAAGAAAGGAGAAAAGACAUCUUGAUUGAAAAUAAAGGAAUAUUUUGUUGGAGCGACAGCCUUCCUUUGAAUAUUACUUUUAAUUAAGAAAUGUUUGCUACUUAUAUUUUGUGCCGAUUAUUAGAAUUAGCAGGGUUAUGAGUUGUGAACUCGAAUAAAAUCUGCAAUAAAAUCAAAAGGACAACAGCA